AUGAAGAGAUAAAAGAAAUCGACGACAACAGUAGAUAUAUAUUAUUUGGAAUGCCUAAUUAAUAAAUUGAUAAGAUCAAAUACAAAUAAUUCUAUUAAUCCUUAAAGUUUAAGAAAUCAAGUUGAUACUCAAUUAAAUGUACCGAAACGAGCUACUUUACGUAAGUAUGAUUAUGAAUAAAAUUAGAUAAAUAUCAUCCAUAAUAAAUUGAAAACAAAAUAUAGGCCAGUUCUUUAUAUCAACAGAAAAAAUUGCAUGUUCAUUCUAGACCUUUUUCAGAAGGCUAAAGUAGAAAAUUUCAUCAAAUAAAUAUGGAAGAUUAAUCAAUAUUACCAUAAAAAAGCAAUCUAUUAAGAUAGAUAAAGAAUUAAAUGAUGUUUCCUCGACAAUAAUUAUGGAGCAAACAAGAGAGUAGAGAAAAUAAAUAGCAACCCGAAAUAGUUAAUCCACUAACAGUUUCAAAAAAGCCAAUAAAAAUAUUUACUAUAAAUUUAAAGUCUUCUUUUAAACAAGUUUCAAAUGCUAGCAGAUUGAAUACAGGAUUGAAUCUGAGCAACCAACGAAAUUUCUCUCCAAUUAGAACAUUCACGGAAAGACUUUAAGCUGAUAUAACUGGUUGGUAAACAAAAGAAGAUGUAGAAUGGUUAUGA